AUGACGGAAGUCCAGGCCCGCUCGAUCCCAUCAGCAAUGACGGGCCGCGACAUCCUCGGCGCCGCCAAGACCGGAUCCGGCAAGACGCUGGCCUUCCUGAUCCCGGCGAUCGAGUUGCUGCACAAGCUCAAGUUCAAGCCCCGAAACGGAACCGGAGUCGUGGUCAUCUCGCCCACACGCGAGCUUGCCCUCCAGAUCUUUGGCGUCGCCAAGGAGCUUCUCAAGUACCACAGCCAGACGUUCGGCAUCGUCAUGGGUGGCGCAAAUCGCAAGGCUGAGGCCGACAAGCUCACCAAGGGCGUCAACCUGCUCAUUGCCACCCCGGGCAGACUCUUGGAUCAUCUCCAGAACACCCAAGGCUUUAUCGUGAAAAACCUCAAGUGUCUGAUCAUUGACGAAGCCGAUCGGAUAUUGGAAGUCGGUUUCGAGGAGGAAAUGCAUCAGAUUAUCAAGCUCCUGCCCAAAGAGCGCCAGACUAUGCUCUUCUCUGCCACUCAGACCACCAAGGUCGACGAUCUGGCGCGCGUCUCGCUCAAAAAGUCGCCGCUGUACAUCAACGUGGACGAACACAAGGUUAAUGCCACGGCCGAGGGUCUGGAGCAGGGCUAUGUCGUGUGCCCGAGCGAGAACCGGUUCCUGCUGCUGUUCACCUUCCUGAAGAAAAACCUGAAGAAGAAGAUGAUUGUAUUCAUGUCCAGCUGCAACUCGGUCAAGUACUAUGCCGAGUUGCUGAAUUACAUUGACAUUCCCGUGUUGGAUUUGCACGGCCGCCAAAAGCAGCAGAAGCGCACAAACACCUUCUUUGAGUUUGUGAAUGCGGAGACCGGCAUCCUGCUGUGUACAGAUGUCGCGGCUCGUGGCCUGGAUAUCCCUGCUGUCGACUGGAUCAUCCAGUACGAUCCUCCGGAUGAUCCCAGAGAAUACAUUCACCGAGUCGGACGCACCGCUCGUGCUGGCGGUCGUGGCAAGGCUCUGCUUUUCCUGCUUCCCCAGGAGCUCGGAUUCCUGCGGUUCCUGAAGCAAGCGCGUGUACCGCUGAACGAGUACCAGUUCCCGUCCUCCAAGAUAGCGAACGUGCAGUCUCAACUCGAGAAACUGGUGGAGAAGAACUACUAUCUCAACAAGAGCGCCAAGGAUGGCUAUCGCUCGUACCUGCAGGCGUACGCGUCACAUUCGCUGAAGCAAAUCUUCAACAUCAACAACUUGGAUCUGCAAAAGGUUGCCCGAGCCUUUGGAUUCACUGUGCCCCCAAGAGUCAACAUCACGAUCGGGGCAAGCGGCAAGACGGACCGGAAGGAGCGCAAGGGCGGAUAUCAGGCCAAGAAGAAGCCCAACGAAGAGCACUUCAAGCGCAAGGCGGGGGGUGCUGAUGGUCGACAAUGGAACCGAUAA